CUGUAACACCACGAGAGUUGCGAAAACAACCUGCGUUAAGUCGGGACACAGAGCUCAAUGUCAUGGAGUUUUAUUACCGAGUCAACCGAUAAAAGCCACAUUUUAAUCACUAAUGCCCAUCCAUUUGGAUAUAUACCGUAUCUCGCAAUAAGGCACUGGCCUCUUAAAGGGGUCCCUUCAAUAUCCUACCCCUCCCCUUUUCCUCUUCUGUAAUUUAAGGCCUGCAGGUCCACAAUGUCCAACCAAAUUUGCAGAGCAAUGGAGCUGCUGAUGCGUUCUGCUUGUUGCCAUACCAUCAGAAGGAGAUCCUGUUUAAACAAGGCCUUGUUGGCCCCUGUGGAUUCCACUGGCCGCUGUAUCCCUGGGGCUCAUGUGCUUAAAAAACGGGCCUACAGCCUGGACUCUCUCUCUUCAGGUUCUGGUCGGCCCUCACUGGGGUCAUGCUCCCAACAGCCUUGUGCAGAGAGGACAUCACGCUCGUCAGCUCUCACACAAAGAAACCUCUCUGCUGUUGCUGUACAGGGACAAUGCCGACCUUUGUGCAGAUAUGACUUCUUGGACCUUGGUGAGGUUGAGGACAACAUACGUCGUGCUCAGGCCUGUAAAACAAUGAGACGCUUCAUUGUAGACCCUGAUCUGGCUAAACUGGUUGCCCAGCACCUGGAGCCCAAUGAUACCAAAACUGUGAUCUUUGAAUGUAACCCAGGUCCUGGGGUGUUGACAAAGACAAUGCUAAAUGCUGGAGCUCAGAGAGUGGUGGCUCUGGAAGAGAAUAAGUCCUUUUUAAACAAUCUGCAGGAAUUGGAAGGUCGUCUUGAUGGCCAGCUGGAAGUCGUAUACUGUGACUACUUCAGACUAGACCCUAUUGGCGGUGGCACUGUAAAACCUCCUACCAUGCACACAGACAAACUGUUCACUGACCUGGGCAUAUCGGAGACCAACUGGACUGAUGAUGUCCCAGUGAAGGUGGUAGGCAUCCUUCCACAGCGAAAUGAGCGCAGCUCGCUCCUUAAGAUGAUUUACGCUUUGUUUGAACGACGGUCUGUCUACAGAUACGGACGAAUAGAACUUAACCUCUUCAUAAGUGAGAAGGAAUACCUGAAACUGGUGGCACGCCCAGGAGAAAUGAUGCACUACAGAGCCUUCGGUGCCCUCUGGCAGAUAGCCUGUGAUAUUGACUUACUACACAAGGAGCCUUGGGAGUCAUUUGCAACAUCUUCAAAGCAGAGUGUACGCAUCCCUAAGAGCAUGCUUCCCAAUGAUCACCUGUGCCUGGUGCGCCUGCGCCCCCGUGCAGAUCUAUUCUCUGCAGGACUCACUCCUUCUAACGCCUCAACCCUGAUUGUGAUGAUCAAACAGUGUCUCGCCAAGAGGAAAGUCAAGCUCAUUGAUAGACUCAAUGUCUGGUCACCAGAUAGUGGGAGUAAGCUCUUGUCAGAGAUGGGCCUGAUGGAGGAUGUACUGACCGGCCAUGUAUAUCCAGACGAGUACCUUCGACUAUUUCAGCUGAUGGACAAAAGUCAGGAGUUCACACAGAGCUGGCUCUAUGAAGAGAUUCUUCAGAACACACACAGAGAGGGCUGGGGUUAAAAAUACAUGAACACAGGUCAUUUGUAUAGUUUUUUUAGAAAAUAAACUAAAAAGUAAACAAAAACUGUAUUAUAUAAUGAUAAUUCAAUAUAAGUAAUAAUAGAAAUGUAACAUGUUAUGAAAUGAGGACACACAGAGGUGUAUAAAAAUGCAGAAUAAAAUGCCUGCAUUCCUACUGUUACUGAGAAUAUUCCUGAUGAUUUUCACUUACUGUGCAGACAGAAUGAAGGAGUGAAUUUGGAUCUUUGUAGUCCUGACUUUGAUUCACAUGAGUUCAAACAUGAUGCAAAAUUUGAAGCAGAAACAGUUCUUGUUUCAGUGACAGAAUUAAGUGUUUUUCUGAAAUGUAAAGUUUAAAAUAUUUGCUAAAUUAAAAUAUUGUAAAAAAAUGUCAGCAGCAUCUUUAGAUGGCUCAUAAAAGCUUAAUGGAUGUGCAUUGCUACUUGUCAUAUUACAAAC